GUUUAGUGUUUCGCUGGAUUACAAACCUCUCAUACUGUGACUGCUUUUCUCUUACUCGCUGUCUCUGUUCACUGGAGGUUCAAAGAAAUGGAAAACAGACCGACACAAGAAAGAAAACGACUUUCUGAACGCGCGAAUGUCAUUGAUACUGGAUACAAACGCCACUUCAUUUACUAAUCAGCUGAUGUUUGGAGCGCUACACUGAAUCUCAGUCUGCUUUACUGUAUUUCAUUCACUCUAUCGUUUUUAUCUGCUACAUUAUAUCUGCUGUGAGGAACAGACGUCGAUCAUGAACUUGCAAGCACCGCAACAAUGAAAAGAUGGAUGUGUGAUCAAAGAAACACGGGAUUGAUGUCGACCUUUAUUGUGUUUCAAGUUAUCUCUGAGGUUUGCUUCCAAUGGCAGUGAUAAAGCACCGACAACCAGAAUGAUGUGUCUUCUGUGCUAGAAAUGGACUUUGGGAAUGUCUAAUCAUUUGGGAAUCAUUUGGGAACGAUGAACAACGGACCCACUAUUGUGUACGAGUGGUUGAAAACCCUCCAGCUGUGCCAGUACGUGGAGUCAUUUGUGGAUAACGGAUAUGAUGACCUGGAGGUGUGCAAACAGAUAGGAGAUCCUGACCUGGAUGCUAUAGGCGUCCUGACACCACACCAUCGGGAGAAAGUCCUCCGAGCCGUGGAGAGACUCAAAGAUGAGGACAGGAAGGUGAAACCAGGACUUUAUUUCACUUUAGAGCCCCUUCCUCACGGCACGUACCCUCAGACAUCUCAAAUUAGUGACUGUAGGCAGAAAUGCACCAAAUCGUGGGUGAAUUCUACCUGGGACAAACCCAGAUCUGGUGAUUUUAAAGCACCGGAGAAUCACAAGGCACAGGUGGUUUAUCCUAAACUCAAGCUGAAGAUCAUGAUACGAGAUAAACUUCUGAAGGAUGGGAUUGAUCUGAGCGAAAUGCCGUACUCGUAUAAGGAUGGAUCUCUGGCUAACAUUGAGGAUUUGGCCCAGGAGUAUUCAGAGUAUUACAGCACAUCUUACAGCGACGUGUGUGACAGAAUGGAGGAGUUACGCAAGCGGAGAGUUUCUCAGGAAGCAGAGGCGGGAAAGUCUGAAUCAACGGCAUCCCUUCAGUUGCGCCUGGAGAUCCAGGAAUCACUUGGACUUUCCAGUGCAGUUUCCACCCCUGAGGUAGAGAGAAGGCCAACAAUGCAGAAGUCCAGUUCUGAAGAUGGAUCAGCAGGAAAGUGGGACAGCAAAAAGAAAAACAAAUCGUUCUGGCAAAGUUUCCGCAAGACGCAGAAAGAAAGCAUCCGAGUGCCACCGAAAGGGGAGGACCUGGGUUUUGUGGCCAGUGAGAUCACAAUGAGCGAUGAAGAGCGAAUUCAACUGAUGAUGAUGGUGAAGGAGAAGAUGAUCACAGUGGAGGAAGCUCUGGCUCGGCUGAAGGAAUAUGAAACACAGAACAAGCAGUCCAAUAGCACAGACGUGAUCGAAUGGAGCGACACACAAAGUUUCUCUAUGACCGAAUCCCCCUACUUCCAUCAGUCCAGAGAUCAGUCUGAAGAUGAACUGGACGAGUCUGUCACUUUCCGCCGGCUUCAUAAAAUCGUCAAUUCAACCCGACGUGUGAGAAAAAAGCUUAUUAGGAUAGAAGAGACCAGAAAACAUGUAGCAAAGGAUCCAGUGACUCCAGAAGCGUCUCAGUCAGGUGAGGAGGGUCUGUGUCUCUACUCUGGGGUGCAGAAACAUCGUACCGUGUCUCAGGGUGAUGGCUUGAGCUCCAUGCUUCAGGAUCAACUCUCUCUGGACAGCCUGACCACAUCUCCUUCCUCUAGUAGUUUAGAGACCUGCAGCAGUCACAAGCUCUUCAAAACCUUCAGCAAGUCCAGCAGCAGUGCGGGUCUUGAAGCAGCAUCAGGACCGGGCGGAGCGGCUUUAGGACCGGAUGCUGGAAGCGUAUCCUCAUUCUCCGAGGUAGACGGGGAGGUCGAGCCCAGGAUGUCACGCUCUGUGACGGAUGGGGAGAUGAGACGAGCGCUAAGCUCCUCAAACUAUCAUGGAAGGACCUAUAGCUUUGGAGGAUUUGAUCUUACAAAUCGACCCGUGUACAUGAGCAACAACAGCUGUGACUUUUCAAAUGACCACAGAGACAUUAGCAUGAGAGACACAUCCCGAUCUCCCACACCAUCUCGGAUCUCUCUGGGGAAGAAAGUGAAGUCUGUUAAAGAGACCAUGAGGAAACGCAUAUCCAAGAAAUACACUUCUCCAUCUGAUCAGUCGAGUCCCAGCAGAGCUCCCAGCAGCCCCCAGUGUUCCCAUACGGACACAGACUCGAUGGAGAAACCCAAACUCAAAGCUGGAGGAUCAGUGGAGAGUCUGAGAAGCUCGUUGAGUGGACAGAGCUCUAUGAGUGGACAGACGGUGAGCACCACAGAUUCUUCUACCAGUAACCGAGAGAGUGUCAAAUCAGAGGACGGCGAGGAAGACGAAUUGCCGUACAGAGGACCGUUCUGCGGUCGAGCUCUCGUACACACAGACUUCACACCCAGCCCGUAUGACACCGACUCCCUCAAACUCAAGAGAGGAGAUAUGAUUGACAUUAUCAGCAAGCCGCCCAUGGGCACAUGGAUGGGGCUCCUAAAUAAUAAAGUGGGAACCUUUAAGUUCAUCUACGUAGAAGUGUUGAACGAUGAAGAAGAGAAACCCAAACGCAGUGUAAAGAAGAGGAGAAAAAGCAGACCUGCUAAACCCACAUCUGUAGAGGAACUCCUGGAGCGCAUUAACCUAAAAGAGCACAUGCCCACGUUCCUGUUUAACGGCUAUGAGGAUCUGGACACAUUUAAACUUCUGGAGGAAGAAGAUCUGGAUGAACUGAACAUAACAGACCCACAGCACAGAGCGGUGUUGAUGACUGCUGUUGAGCUUCUGCAGGAGUGUGAUAGUAACAGUGACCCAGAGUGUGAUGGAUCAUCCGGUGAUUCUCAGGAGAAGAGUCACGUCCCAUCGGUCGACUCGCCUCGAGACUCAGGGUGUUACGAAAGCAAUGAGAACUUGGAGAACGGCAAAGGCAGAAAGACGUCUCAUUUAAGCAGGUCCUCAUCUGGCUUUGAAUCCAGUCACCUUCCCUCCCCUGAGUAUCCCACCCCACCCCUCUGCCAUUCCAGCAGAUCCACGGCAAUAACCAGACCGGCUGCGCAGUCGCUCCUGCAUCCGCAGCAGAAAGAAGUGACAGAAAGAAGUCACGGUUUACUUGAUGGAAGACCCCGUAGUCGCAGUUGUGAUUCCAUAGAUAGGCGAUCUAGUCGGCCGGAGCGUUGGAGAUGUUGCUUCUCCGUAGAGGAACUUCAUCUGCAACAAAGUCCUGAAAAAAAGCAGCCGUACAGCUCUGAGGAUCUCAGGCCCACCUCACAUUUGGUGUUCGACAAUAUGGAGGAGAGUCCGAAUCGAGGGAGUUUUCAAGAGAACCCCGUAACACCUGUAGACUCCAAAGAGCUCGACUAUGAAGUUCAAUCAUCCUCCACCUCUGAAACACUGAAGUCAAUGGAUGUGGUGUAUGAUGAGGUGCCUGUAGAUGUUGCACAGGGACACUUUAAUGAUCUUCCACAACGCAUGAAACCACCUGUUCCUCCAAAACCUUUUUGGUCACCCUUAUUAAGCAGGGAGACUUUCAUUGACUCUACAAGCACAUCUAAGCCAGAGAUGUCAACCUUCAGCCUUGAUGUUUCACAGACACUCAAGUCACUCAAGCUUGCAAAGAAAGUUCAGGAUGAGAAAAUGGCCAGCAUGGAAACUUUGGUAGAGGAGAAGUUGUCCACAGAAGGCAUUGAUCUUACGCAAGAACCAUAUUCUGACAAGUACGGCCGUUAUGGAGUGCCGUUCUUUUUGGUACAGAGGUACUCUGAAGAUUUCGAUAAACCUUUGGGUGACAUUGCAAUCCUGAUCGAUCGAACAAGAGUUCAACAACUUCUAAAGCAGCAUCGCAUAGCUAUCCCUUUAAGAAGUUUGUCAGAAAUAUGUGUCAUUCCCUGAACACGUCUGGACAACAGAUGAUAGAACUGUGAGACAACGAGACACAUUUUGCUUGACAAGCAACUGGUGAACUGAAGUGCGAUGAACAUGAAGGAAUGGACAGAUUCCAGACUGUUAUGAAAGUAAUAUUAUUUCACAUAGCGGACUUUAAUUUUGGCAAGCAAGAUUUAUUCUCCAAGAUUUAUCUCUGCACAAACACUUAGUAUUCAGUACUGUAGUGUAUCGACAGCACUGUGGGAAGAUUGAUUAAGAGAAACUUUAUCAUUUGUGUAAUUUGAUAAGUGAUUUUUAAUCUGUAAUGAUUUUAAUUCUUAACUGUUUGAAUUUUUGGAAAUUUUUUGAAGUGUAAAUAUUUUCUAGUGUCUCAGUAAAAUAAAUGGAUAUUUGUUGUAGUUUGCCUUGGAUUAUUUUUUAACAUAGGUUAUACUGGCAGAUGAUUAAGUCCCUCAUGUGUUAUUAAUCUUUAUAGAAGUCAAAAAGCUGUUUAAUUCCAAUUUUCCCAUUUUUUUACUGAUUUAAAAAAAUAUUUAUUUUAUGUUGUACUAUAGGACAUAUUUAAUAACAUUUUCCAGUGUGUAUUUUAGUGAUAUGGUGAAGAAGGUUGAUGCAGGUUAUGUGAAUAAACUGUGAAAGCUUGUAAAUGAAUUUUCACACACAUGCAUUUUACACUUUAAUAAACUCCAUUUCUUAUUUUA